AACUUUGAUUGUUCAUUUGUUCUAGUUCUAACCAACAAAGCAAAAGCAAAACCCUGACACUCAAAACCCCUCAAAUAAAGAACCUUAACCAGAGGAGGAGGAAGAAGUGAUGAGUGGCAAUCUAUGGCAUCUUCCUUACUCUACCAUUUUCUUCAAUCGCGCCAAUCUUCUCCCCCUUUACAAACGAUUGUACCCGUUACCAAGAAUGAAAAUUUAUCCGAUGUGCUUCACUAAACAGAUGCAAACAACUACUUAUGAAGUUGUAAAUGGAAGCUAUUUAGAGACAUCAAAUACUAAGCAGGAGAAAAAGCCAAAGGAUACAUCUCCUGUGCCGGUUGAUACGGUUGGUGCAUUCCAAAAGCUACCCAUGGUGAUGCCUUCAGUUGAUAUUCUUCAUUCAGCACUACGGAAGGCUAGGAGAGUCACACCUACAAAGGGUAUCGCGAAUGCUGCUAAGCGUGAGAAAAAUAAAGGUGCAAAACAUCUUGAUGCCCUAAUGAAGGAACUAUCCUUGCCUUUAAAAACAUACAAAGAAAACUUUCCGAAUAAGCGACUUCUGCACCCUUAUGAACGGUCUCUUGUUGAGUUGACUUUGGGUGAUGGAAAUUAUGAGGAGGUUUUAGGAAGAGUUGAUUCUCUAAGGAAGAAAGUUAUAUCUGUUGGAAAAGAACUUGCAUCACUUUGUGCCCAGUCAACAACAAAGCGGGAAGCAGAGGAGAGGCUAGCCGAGGGAAUAAAAAGACUGGAAGAAAUUUACUAUACUGAUGGCAAAGCAAUUGAUGAAUUGAUGCAAAUAGCCAAGACUUUGAGGGCAAUGCCCGUUGUUGAUCUUGAAAUGCCAACUCUCUGCCUUGUUGGAGCUCCUAACGUUGGAAAAUCAUCUUUAGUGCGCAUACUUUCAACAGGAAAGCCCGAGAUCUGCAACUACCCUUUUACAACCAGAGGAAUUCUAAUGGGUCAUAUUGCGUUAAGCUACCGGAAUUUCCAGGUGACAGAUACACCUGGCAUCUUAUGGAGACGUGAUGAGGACAGGAAUAAUUUGGAAAAGCUAACUCUUGCUGUACUAGCUCAUCUACCUACUGCCGUAUUAUUUGUUCAUGAUUUAACUGGAGAAUGUGGGACAUCUCCUUCGGAUCAGUUUUUAAUCUACCAAGAAAUAAAAGAAAGAUUUAGUACCCAUCUAUGGAUUGAUGUCGUCUCCAAAUGCGAUCUGUUGCAAGAAUCUCCUAUUCUUUAUGUAACAGAAGAUGCCGAAGCUGAUAAUUCUGAACUAAUAAAGUACCGAAAAAUGGGACCCAAUGGAGCGCUUCGUGUAUCAGUAAAGAGUGAAGUUGGGCUUAACGAGUUGAAGAAUAGAGUGCAUGAGCUUUUGGUAUCUCAAUCAGCAAGACUAAACAUUCAAAAGCCUGAGGUCUCGGACAAGGUUUCUUCUCCACGCAAAACUUUUAUUUAGUUUUUAAACUUCCGUGUUGAUCCGAGAUGAACGCAACACAAUAUUGUACGAUACAAGCUCAUGGAAGUCAAAGCCUGAUAUUUUUGAUGAUUGAAGAAGCUUGGUUUCAUAUCACCUGCAAUGGUGAACUUAGGCCUGUUGCUGCUAUCAAGUUGGACAAGGACACUAUGGUAGAGUUAGAAAUGAGAUAUCAAUUUUCAAUUUUGUAUCAUAUUUAAUUGCCCAAUAGGUGUUUCAGUAUGGGAUUUUGCACAUUUUAUCCAUUGAAUAAAGUUAGUAUUACAUCUUA